AUGUGUAGAACGAUACACUUCCGCAGCCGCUGCUGCCGACACCACUGGCUGCAGAUCUGGCAGCCGUGCAGGUACCCGGGGAACGGGUUCAGCCGGUGCGAGAGCUUCGGAGACGGCGUGGCGCGCGAGCCCGCGCGGGUCGCCGACGCCGCAGGCCUGUGCCCCGCCUGCCGCUUCGCGGGCGCCUACGACAAGAACCAGAUCCGUAUGGUCGUCGACGUCAGGAGCCGCUGGCGCUGGGGCUUCGGCCCGAGUAUGCUUCCGACGCCUGAUACCUCGCAUGUGGCGUACGAGAGGGUAUACGAACCGGCGGAGGACUCUUUCUUGUUGUUAGACACCCUCUCGUCCGCCUCCGAGACAGCAUUCCUCCAGGCCCGCUUCGGAGGAGAAGGCGGCUAUGUCCCGCUGGUGGUGGAGGUAGGCCCCGGCUCCGGCGUGGUCGUCGCCUUCGUCAACGCGCAGGCCCAAGCGCUCUUCGGGUCCCGGAACAUCCUGACCGCCGCCGUCGACGUGAACGCGUACGCGUGCCAGGCGACGGGCGAAACGGCCCGCAAAGCCGCGCUGGAAAACGCCGCGACCCACGGCACUUUCGUCGGCGCCUUCCAGGGCGACCUCGUCGCGCCGGUGCGCGAGCGCCUGGUCGACGUCCUGGUCUUCAACCCGCCGUACGUGCCGACGCCCGCGCUGCCGAAGCUGCCGGGGCACGCGGACCGCCCGCUCGGCCUGGACGCCAAGCCGUCCUUCGACGACGACUCGUACCUGCUCGAGCUGUCGUACGCGGGCGGCAGGGACGGCAUGGAGACCACCGAUCGGCUGAUCGAGAGCUUGCCCCGAGUGCUCUCGAGCAGGGGGUGCGCGUACGUCCUGCUCUGCGCGCAGAACAAGCCGGAGGAGGUCAAGCAGCGGAUCCUCGGCUUCGGGGAAGCGUGGAAGGUCGCGACCGUGGGAUCUAGUGGGAAGCAGGCCGGGUGGGAGAAGCUGCAGAUUAUCAGGAUCUGGGUAGAGUAG